CAGAUCAAUGCGCACCCGCGUGGCCAACGCGUGCGAUUUGUGCAAGCUGCGAAAGAUCAAAUGUAGCGGUGUCCAGCCCUGCGGAUACUGCGUACGCCGACGGCAACCGGGCAGCUGCCGUUACACCGCACCCCGGCGCCGACCGAGGCCCCGGUCCGACGACCCGGCUGCCCAAGACCACGCCACUCCGUCUGUGUCGGACCAACCUGCUCCGUCAACGAACAGCCGUCAUGAGACGCACUCGUCGUCCCAUAAUCCAACGCCAACGCCAACGCCAUCUCACCCCGCCCCAGCCGUCACGGCGGCCUCUCCGAGUGUCUCGGUUGCCCCCGCGGGACCCACACUGCAGCAGUCCAGCCCGCAACACCAGCUGCCCGCAGACACUGUUUUUGCAACCCUCGAGGAACACGAGGAGACUGAGGUGCCCCGCGAGGCCCGGCUUCUGUGCGACGCCCAAGGCAAGCUCGUCUUCAUUGGAGAUUGUGCACCCCUGUCCUUUUUCCAAACUGUGCGUCGCCUCGUCACGACGCGCGUCGAUGCCGAUGCCUUUGCCCCGGAAAGCAGUGGUUACACAGCCCUCGAGAAUGUCUACUCGCGAUUUGGCGCAUCCGCCGGUUUUGGCGCCGAACCUCCGGCCGUCAAUGUCCCCAUCGGGCCGACCGUGUCUGCCUACCUAGAUGUGACUGCAGGGCUGAUUGACCUGUUUGACAACGCCCGUCUCGUGGACGACAUCGCCAAUUGGUCUGAGCACGGCCGCCCACGAAACCAAGCUGUCGACGUGCCCUCGGCCGUGAACUACAUGGUCCUCGCCAUCGGCUGCCAGAAAACGGAUGAGCAUAUUGCCCAGCUCUACUUCGACUAUGCCCGCAACCUGGCCUUUGCCAGCCUCAGCGGCAACCUCGGGGUCGCAAGCGUGCAAAUAUUCAUACUCAUCACGUUCUUCUCGCUCGGUGCAUGCCAGAUCAAUGGGGCGUUCCUCUUCUUUGGCAUUGCCGCUCGAGCCGCCUAUUCCAUCGGGAUCCACCGGACGGCCGUCAACGCCAGGUUCGGCCCCAGCGUCCAUCGCCAGAGGGACAGGCUCUGGAAGAGCCUGAGGGUCUUGGACUUAUUCCUCAGCACGUCCAUGGGCCGCCCGCCGGCGACAUCGGACGUGGACUGCACCGUUCCGUACAGGGCGCAGGACGAGGCUGGCCACGAGAAGUUUGACCUCCUGAAUGCAUCGGCCCAGAUCUUCCUCGUCACUGAGGCCAUCGUCCUCGAGAUUUACUCGCGCCGCAAGAUAUCUCCACGCUUGACCGAGGGCAUCUCGCGCGAGCUCCGGGAGUGGUCCACGCGCUGGCUGCACCGUCUCAUGGACGUCAUCGAUGGAACGUCCCCUGACGACCAGCCGGGGAUGGUAAACGGUGCAUGCCAGAUCCUCUCGUCCUACUAUUAUGCCGUCAUCCUUGUAUCUCGGCCUUUCCUCAUGGUCGAGCUACACCGCAGGCUGUUAGACGGGGGUUCCAUUGCGGGCAUCGGCCUCACCGGCAAGUCAAAGCUGGCCGACGCCUGUAUCGAUGCGGCCAUUCUGAUGGUGGAGCCGGUCCAGAGCCUCAUCGAGCGAGGGCUGAUGACCCGGCGAGCUCCAGUGAUCGUAUCCUGGCUGUUCGCUUCGUCCCUCGUGCUGGGUGUCGGCCUCCUGGGCGGCUUCGGCCGCAUAAUCGAGAAGCACUGCCGCGCUUCCAUCUCUGCGCUCGAGUACUUUGCCCAAGCUGACGCCCACGCAGUCCAGUACUCGCUCAUUGCCAAGUCCCUCCUGAGCACAGCUCUGCAAUAUCUCGAGAGAAGGGAGAUGCAAGAGCGGCAGCGGAGAACCGAGAGCUCGUCCCAACUGUUUGGCCUGAUUCCUUGCUCGUCCCGCGGAACUAAUGACUGUGGCCGGACGCUGUCGGGCAGCUGGCAUGCGGGAAGCCCCCAGAAAGCCUCAACCAGGGCUGACAAAGCAGGCUUGGGCAAUGGCGAUGAUCAGGAACUGCCGUGCAGCUUGGACUUCGAGUCCGCCUUCUUCGGAUUGCCGGGUGCCCUCCCGAACACGCCCGACUUCUCGCUGAUGGGCGGGUCCCUUGAUGCCGAUGUCGAGCAGACAUUUGGCGCGCUUAACUUGUUUCCUUUGCUCGAGACGGACGGCCACAUAGACUUGGCCAACUACUUCUGAGAUGGCAGUUCUCCGAGAUGGAAAUACACGGGCCAAAAAUCGACCUGAUAGGGGUGCGCCAUGCUGCACAAGUACAACAGUACAACAAGUUCAUGUUUUUAAUAUCAGCCUGUUCAAUGAUAUGAUCAUGCUAUGGCAUGAUUCGGAAGAGCGCCAAUUGCCUCGUUAUUAGGUAGAUUUUUCACGAGGUUGGAAUCCUCACCAGCGAGUUGGUGCGAGGUGUCGAACGCGGCUGGCACAAGACCUGGGCGUCAUGCACGAAAACUUAUCAACAUUGCACAGCGUGAAACAUGCCGUAGUACCACUGCUGCAC